GGCUGGAUAUACUUCUCUGAUCCAAAGCAAAGGCUCGUGACGGACGAAGACAUACGCAUUCCCGAAGUCUAUCAUAAUGUCGAGGAAUACAUCUCUACUUACUCGCUGGAGAACAUUGACAAGCAUAUGGAAAUUGUUAUACCUCCUGGAGCCGAGCCUGGCGAUCAUGCGUUGACUCUGGUGUUAAAUCAUUUACACAGCACCGCUUCGUAUAUUCUUGAUGAGGUUAAGACCGAGAACUUUCACAAGCUUGAACAUCGAAUUCGCACCAGACGCCACAAAGCAUACUGGAACUUCCUUCAAUGGCACCCUUCACAUCGAUCAACACCCGCGCUAGCCGCGGUACAAGUCCGAGACGCUCUAACUUGGUACUCGACGGACAACUUGGUGAGCGGCCUGCGGAGCACUGUACCGUUUUCGAAAGCAGAGUGCGAAGACUUGUUGAGAAUACUGGAUACCUCGCAAGGCUCUUCGGAGAGCUCAAAUGCUGCUCGUACAAAUUUCGUGUCAUGGAUUUUACGAGAAAUCUGGAACUUUCGCGAUGCCGAAGAAUUUGGACAACAUACCUUCCGACAAUCGUCUGCUCUGCGGCAACAACGAGCGGACAAGGGGGCCGCACCACCGCCUACACCGCCGCCAGUCUUCAUUCAGUCACUGCUGAACCUCGCUAUAAAUGUGUUAUUCUUCGCUAUUCCAUGGACGUAUCAUGCUCAUGUCAAAGACGCAAGUGAGUAUCGAGGAAGAUUAUCGAAUAUGCAGAAAAGAUGGGAGGAUUAUAUCAGGAGGCUCGUGCAGGAGUAUCAGGACUUCUUGCUCAUAGUAAGUACAAUGUCCCCUCACUUUGAAGCGAAAACCCUCCUCAUAAAUAAAUUGAACAGGCUACCGUGCUUCUCUCGUAAGUGUAUUGAAUUAGCUUGUAGUCUGUAUGGAUCUGCUGAGCCUGAGUAUGUUCGCCCCUCGCCAGUGCCACAGUCAGCUUCCUAG